AUGGCGAACACUAAACCUCCUAAGUUAGAUCUGGGCACUUGUGAAGAUCAGAAAGAACCUGUUGAGUUAUGGCUGGAUCAAUUUAAUGAUUGGUGUAUAUUACAAGAAUUUCGAGACACAGCAAAACCAACGAAUUAUGAUCCAAGCCAAUGGAAAAGAGCUCAUUACGCCAUGGAGAUAAGUGCGUUCAGAUUGGCGUUACCUCUUGACGACUAUU